CGGCUGAUUUCACUCGCACUCACUUCUUCGGAUUACAUUACACCACCUUUUAGAUAGAUACCCUACCCACCUCUCCCUUGUCCGUAGAGGAGUCUUGUACUGCGUUCAUCGUUGCCGUUCUGGUGGCACUUGAGAGAGAGAGAAGACGCUGCUGCUUGGUUGAAGCCGAGGCGUGGUUGUGCUAGACGGCCCAAGGGCGAACCCAAGCAAGUAGCAAGAGGAGGAACUCUAGACUGGCGGGGCGGAGAGCAAGUACGGCUCCAUCCACUCGCAUUCGCAGCAUGCAGUCUACCAGCAUUGCUGAGACGAUAAUGGGCUUGAGGCAAGGACUGAGAAGGAGCGACUGUACGCCGUCCAGCGCUGCUCGGACUUGGUCUUCCUCUCGCUCUUCCUCGUCAGCGUCUGCCGCUAAUGGCAGCUCUUCGUCUUCGAUAUAUACUCAAAGUGCACGGAAAUGGCAGGUCUCAAGGUCAAGAGCUCCCUGCAAUCCUCUUGCAGCCUCAUACACCACUACGGCGGCGAGGCGGAUCUUCUCAUCCUCGACGUGUGUCCCUCAAGGCUUCGCACGGCGGACUAGCAUCAAAGAUCUCUCUACAGCCAUUAGAAGCUACAGUACCCACCCCACCACCACCAUUCCCCCUUCAUCCUCCCCCUCUCCACCUCAAGCUCCACCACCUUCACCUUAUCCGGGCAAGCUAAAGAAACGCCCCCGCCCCCUCGUCCUCAUCUCCUCCCUCCUCAUCGGCUCCCUCACCCUCUACCUCUGGGACGAAUACGGCCAAGCCCAAGUCCUCCAACGCAACCUCCGUACAGCCUACACUGGUCUAGCCAUCGCUGUUGACUACAAGUUGCACUUUGACCCUGAUGAUCCAGAUGCGGUGGGUGGGCUGCACCAGAGGUGUGCGGAUAGACUGUUUAGAACGUGCGAGGCAAAUGCGGGAUUGUUUAUCAAGUUGGGACAGGCGGUGGCUGCGAAUUCCAUCGUCCUACCACCGGCGUACGCUCAAUUCACCAAGCUCUUCGAUGACGUUGAGCGCCUCCCCUGGAGCGUCGCAAAGACGGUCAUCGAUGCCGAGCUCGCCUCAAAGGGCACGACCCUUGACGAAGCCUUUUCUGAAUUUUCCGAAAUACCCAUCGCAGCCGCCUCGGUCGCUCAAGUGCACAAGGCACGGCUCAGAUCCACGGGCCAGGAAGUAGCAGUGAAAGUGCAGAGACCCUCUAUUCGUGUUCAGACCUAUUGGGACUUGCUCUCCUUUCGCAUCCUGCUCAAAUUCUACGAGCGCAUCUUUCAGCUGCCAUUGAGCUACUUUGGAGGUUACAUCUCCUCCCAAAUUGAGCGAGAGACGCACUUCGAAUUGGAGCUGCAAAACGCUCAACGUAUCCAGAAGCACAUCAAUGAGGACUCGUCGAUCAACCAGACGGUGACUGUACCAAAGUACCUGCCCGAAUUUACUUCGGAUCGACUGCUAGUGAUGGAGUGGAUUGAAGGGGCGGUCAAGAUGACCGACAAGGCAAAGAUUGAGGCCAUGGGUCUCUCCGUCAAAAAGGUGGCCACGGACGUCUGCAACGCCUUUGCCGCCAUGAUCUUCCAGUACGGCUUCGUACAGGCCGACGGUCAUGCAGGCAAUGUUCUCAUCAGAAAACACCCAGACGGUACCAAGGGAAAAGCCCAGGUGGUGCUCAUCGACCACGGUCUGUACGUGGAGCUUUCCGACAAGUUCCGCAAAGAGUACGCGCAGCUCUGGAAUGCUAUCUUCCAAGUCGACACAGGUACACUCGAGCAGAUCACAAAGGACUGGGGCAUGGGCGAGGGCUCAUCAGACAUGUUUGCCAGCGCCACAUUGAUGAAGCCUUGGACCUCUCGCAAGCACAAGAAGGCCGAAGGCGAAGAAGAGGACCAGAGCCCCGCGGCGCGAAAGGAAAGACACAAGGCGCGAAUGACCAAGCAGAAGGAGGUCUUGCAGAACUUCCUUUCCAGGGUGGAGCUGGUGCCAAAGGAACUCAUCUUUGUCGGACGCUCCAUGAGGAUCGUUCAGGCCAAUAAUCAGACGCUGGGCUCUCCCGCCAAUAGGAUCAACAUCCUCGCGCGACACGCAGCAGAUGCUCUUAUCACCACCACUUCCACCCCUUCACUUCUCUCCGUCUUUUUCCCGCGCCACAUGCGCAAGUCUCCAGAAGGCGAUAGCAGAGGAUCGCAAGGCAUCUCCUCGUCUUCGACGGUCGGGAAGCGCUUCCACCUCUGGUUUUCCUCGCGCUUCGCCUUUCUCAAGUUCCGCACCACCCUCUUUCUUUUGGAUACCGCCUUUCACACCAGUCGACUUGCCCAUUGGCUGGGUCUAUUUUUCAGAGAGCCCUUUUAUGCGCUUGGGCUUACGGCGGUGCACAAGGAGGGGAGAGGACAAGGGUUUGAAGAUGAUUUGGAGGCAUCGAUGCAGCAGUUGGCUAGAGAUGAGCUUGGAGUGGAGCUGCGCAGCGAAGCUUUCGAGGGGUGAAGAUAGACCAGGACAGUGCAGUCGACUUCGUGUCUACUCUGUCAUGAUAUUCCCGUGCAAGCUUCGUCACUGUGAUAUUCUCAUUUCCCCCCGGUAUCGUACUGUAGAAUGGCACUUCAGCAACAGGUUUUCCUCUAAUUGCAAUACUAGUCGACAGAUUCGUCCAAAGUCGGCACAAGCACCCUUUUGAUUACUUGCCCUCCGAGAUGCGCUCUAGCUUGCCUCGGACGUCCAGUGGAGGUGAGCCCUUCCCUCCUGCUUCUUCCCACUGCUCCCAGACUCGAAUGUCCUCCU